AUGAAACUCACCUCCAUCACCGGGCUCCUGGCCCUCCCCAUUUCCACCCUCGCCCUCGCCCUCCCCUCACGUCUUGCACCAACCCAACUCUCCAAAAAGGCAGACGAGACAAAAGCCGGCUACCUGGCUGUUUACUGGACAACCGAGGACGAAAGCGUGUAUUUCGCACUGAGCGCCAACGACGACGCAUUGGGCUUCGAGGCCAUCAACGGCGGCAAGGCAAUUGUCUCGCCGACCCUUGGCACCAAGGCGAUUCGGGAUACGACGAUUGUGCGUGGUGAGGGCGAUGACGAGGGGAAGUAUUAUAUUAUCGGGACAGAUUUGGAUAUUGAUUCUACGAACUGGGAUGCCGCGACACGGAAUGGAUCCAGGGCGUUAUUUGUCUGGGAGAGUACAGACUUGAUUAACUGGACCGAUGAGCGGCUGGUCACGGUUGAGGGUGAGACGGCAGGGAUGGCAUGGGCACCCGACGCGAUUUGGGAUGAGGACAAGGGACAGUAUUUUGUCCACUGGGCGGCGCAAUUGUACGCCGAAGACGACCCCAGCCACAGCGGCGACCCAGCCCUAACCAACAGCCUGCGCUAUGCAUACACGAGCGACUUCCGCACGUUCACAGAGCCGGAGACCUACAUCAGUCUUGGAAACGAGUCGGCUAUUGAUCUCAGCUUCCUGAAGGUCGACGAGAGCACAUUAAUUCGCUACUACGUCGACGGCGCGACAACGAGUCCCGUGCAGGACAUCAGCACGGAUGGGCUCCUGGGCGAGUGGACUGCGCUCGACGGCACGAUUGAGGAUAGUGCUAGCUUUGAGGCGCCGUAUCCGGUCUGGGAUAAUGUGGAGGAGGACAAGGCCUAUCUGCUUUGUGAUCUUGUGGGCGAUAACCCUGGAGUUGUUGCGUGGGAGUCGAGUGAUGUUACGUCUGGGAACUGGGCGAGGAAUGAUCAGCAUGAUUUGAGCUUUAUGCGCCAUUUGUCGGUGUUGGCUGUGACGCAGGAGCAGUAUGAUGCGUUGGCGGCGUUGUAG